UGUUGAAAUGCAGGGGAUUGGACCAGCUGACUCAAGCUGCUGGAAAAAGUCUAUGUCCGUAUCUCCCCACUUGUUCCAUAAAUACCACCCCCUCGGUUGAAUGGAGGUUAUUUUAGAUCGUUCAUGUGGGAUAAGGCCUGGAGUUCUGCCACCCGCCUGGAGCUGAGUAACACGCACAGCACUUUGAAAUCAGUGGCUGUAGUUCUUGAAAACAAAAAAAUGGACAUGUAUAAGCACACUGAUCAGGAGUCAUACGCAGAGGAGAUCGAUGAAGAUGAGAUUCUGGCAGGCCUCUCGGCGGAGGAGCUCAAACAGCUCCAGAGUGAGAUGGACGACAUCGCUCCUGACGAGAGAGUGCCGGUGGGAAUGAGACAGAGAGACGCUUCUCAAAAGACAACAGUCCAAGAUUGCAGCGAGCCCCAGUCAGAAGAGGAGAUCGAUGAGGAUGAGAUUCUGGCAGGCCUCUCAGCAGAGGAGCUCAAGCAGCUCCAGAGUGAGAUGGAAGAAAUCGCUCCUGACGAGAGAGUGCCAGUGGGAAUGAGACAGAAAGACCAAACUGACAAACCACCCACUGGAUCAUUUGAUCACAGAUCGCUGGUGGAAUAUCUGUACUGGGAGAAAGAGUCCAAACGUAUGCUGGAGGAGGAGAGAGUUCCCACAACUCUAUUACCCAGUCAGAAAGCCCAAGAGGAGCUUGAAGCAAAAAAAGAAGAUAAAGUUGAAGAGGUGGAAUAUGUCUAUGAGGAAAUCAUAGAGGAGGUUGAAGGAGGAGAGGGAGAUGUUGUUGUUGAUGAAGUGAUUGAAGAAGUGAUAAUAGAGGUUGAGGAAGACCAGCCUGUCAAGAUAGAACCUGAUGCCUCUGGCCCUGUAUUGACCUCAGAAGAUGGUUUACAGCCGCCUCCAGAGUUUGCAGAUACAAAAGUUGAAGCAAAGAUUGAACAAUCAGAACUUAAUGAGACAGAAUGUAAAGUGAAUGAGAAGACAGAAGCAGAUUCCACCCAGUCUGAACCUGCUCCCUCAUCAUAUGAGAACUGGGUUCCCGAGAAAGAGGAAAGGGUCAUAUCCAAGCUGAAGAUCCCAAAACUUGCACUAGGUGGAAGUGCUUUAGUUAAAAAGACUGCAAGACCUUCUGGCAAUGAAACCAAUUUGGAGACCACUUUGGUUAAGAUCCGCAACAACAACCCCUCUGUCACAGAUGUCAAUCUCAACAACAUUGAAAACAUUCCCAAAGAAAUGCUCCUUGAUUAUGUCAACGCACUCAAGAAGAACAGACACGUUAAGACCUUUAGCAUCGCAAACACUGGUGCAGAUGAAAAUGUGGCAUUCGCUCUGGCUAACAUGCUCAGAGAGAACAGAAGCAUCACCACACUAAAUAUUGAAUCCAAUUUCAUCACAGGAAAAGGGAUUGUUGCAAUUAUACGUUGCCUCCAGUUCAAUGAGACACUCACUGAGCUCCGCUUCCACAACCAAAGGCACAUGCUAGGACACCAUGCAGAAAUGGAAGUGUCUCGUCUCCUCAAGGCUAACAAUACACUUCUGAAGAUGGGCUACCACUUUGAAGUCGCUGGGCCUCGGAUGGUGGUCACCAAUCUCCUCACCAGGAACUUGGACCGUCAGCGGCAGCAGAGAAUGGAGGAGCAGAAGCUCCAGCAGGUGAAAGAGCAGAGGAAGGUCAUGGAGAUGUACAUGGAGAUGUACAAGGACUCCCUGAACUUGCCCCCUGGUAUGCUGGAAAUGCUCAGAGGAUACAUACCAUUGUCCCUAUUGCAGGGUUCUCAUAAUGGAGCCGAGGAGACUCCUGAAGAUUCUCCUGAACCUUCACCACAACCAAGUCCUCCUCAUCAGCUCCGAAAGACUCAAAAUCUUGCCCCACAACAGCAUCCUCCUAGUUCAGACAAAGGAAACCUCUUAGAAGAAGUACAUCUGAAAAAGACUCCGAAACGAAGGGAUCUUCUUCUGGAAUUAAACUUAAGGGAUGAAAGGAAAGAGGGAAGAGCUAAUGUUCAGCUAAGAAGUGUUCCUAAACAAAGAAGCACAGCAAGAGAAGGACCUGCAGAUGAGAGAGCCAACCUGAAAGAUAUGAUAAAGACUCUAAAACCAGUUCCUCGAAGGCGACAACCACCUAAAGUGGAGCUAACACCUCGGGAUCAGCUGCUCAGCGAGAUUCGACAUAGCAACGUGGCCUAUCUCAAAGCGGUACCUCUUCCAAAAAUCCUGGAGUCAAGGGAAACCAGUCUCUUCUGAGUCACACACAUGACUUCAUAUAGAGACUGCACAGAGGAACAGGGCCAACAUCAGAAAGGUCAUGGAGAGAGUGCAGUUCAUGUGGCCAAACAAUUCCAUGGUGCUCCUCAGCUAAUGGAGAGAGAAGAGUGUACUCAAAUCAUUUGACCCAGGGGGUUGGGAAUGGAGAGGUAGCUUGAACCUACACUCCCUUGGACAAGCCAACAGUUAGGCCUAUAUAAGAAUAAGCACAACACGAUGGGCACUUUGAUGAGGUCCUGAACUGUAAAAUUCAACAUGCACAUCUAUUCGUAUAAACCACUUCAAUAAAUGGUGUGAAUGUCUGUGAAUCGCUACAUAUAGUGCACAUGAAAAUGUAUUAUUUUGUUUGUGUUCAUGUAUUUAUAGUGUCAAUAAACUUCAUAGUAAAUGUCA